AAAGAGGAGUAACACUAUGAAACACAUAUGGCCAAGUUGGGCCAGCAGGACUUGUGUUAAUGGGAUGCUAUGUAUUAACUGAUUGCCCUGGUAAGUUACACAGGGGGGUAAGGAGAGCUGGCUUAGUGGACAGUGGGAUUCAGGAGACCUGAGCUCAAAUCCCAGGACUGCCACAGACCUCCUGUGUCAUCAAGUCAUCUUGCACCAUCUGUAAAAUGGGCAUAAUCCUUCCCUGCCUCCCAGGGAUGUUGUAAAACAGAAGCCUGUUAAUACCUGGGGGAUGCUCAGCAGCCAUGGCGAAGAGGGACACAGGAAUGCCUCAUGGACUUUUUCUGCUGGGCUGUAUACCUGGAGCUCAGCCCCUCGUCAUCUAACUGCCAGAGCGGUCCAGAACUCAGCCACAACCCAGACCUGAUCACCGGCGGCAUAGGUAGCACUGCCUCUUGGCCUUGGCUGCGUUGGAUCCCGGCUCUAUGUCCGCCUCUCCUCGCAGAGCAAGCCAUGGCUGGAAGAGGAGGCAGAGGGAGGGGUCGGAGCCAGAUGACCUUCAACGUGGAAGCUGUGGGCAUUGGGAAAGGCGACUCGCUGCCCCCAUCUACCCUCCAGCCCUCGCCGCUCUUCCCUCCCAUGGAGUACAAGCCAGUCCCUCUGCAGACGGGUGAGGAAGUGGAAUACAUGCUGGCACUAAAGCAAGAGCUGAGGGGAGCCAUGAAGAAUCUGCCAUAUUAUGUCAAGCCGGCCGCCCCCAAGAAAGAUGUUGAGCGCUACUCAGAUAAAUAUCAGAUGUCUGGCCCCAUUGAUAAUGCUAUUGAUUGGAACCCAGAUUGGCGGCGCUUACCGCGGGAGCUAAAGAUCCGAGUUCGAAAGCUCCGGAAGGAGAGAACCACCAUUCUGAUCCCCAAGCACAAACAACGGCUUCCGGUGGACAAGGAGGAAGCUAUUAAGAAACUGGAGACCCUUGAGAAGAAGGAGGAGGAAGUGACAUCAGAGGAAGAAGGGGAGAAGGAGGAGGAGGAGGAGGGCAAGGAGGAGGAGGAAGAGGAGUAUGACGAGGAGGAACACGAAGAGGAGACGGAUUACAUCAUGUCCUACUUCGACAACGGGGAGGAGUUUGGGGCCGACAGUGAUGACAACAUGGACGAGGCGAUAUACUGAGGGAAACCGGGUUGCUCGGAUAGCAGACGGGCGCAGACGGUGCUCGGACGCCUGGGGCCCCGGAUCCCAGCCGUCUGCCCGCAGCAGGGACGGGUGUGCCGCGUUGGUGACGGCCGAUCCCUCAGGGAAGCGGGGGCCGUGUCCAGGCUCGCUGGGGACGCCCCCAUCCUUCCUCCAGCUCGGCCACCAUUUCUGUCGCCACGGUGGGAG